UGGACAAUGGGAGGUGCAGUUAAAUAGCGGGACCCUCAUCUCUGAUCUGUCCAUCCUGCCUCUGCUGGUGUCGCAUCUCUCUUUGUGACUGGCGCUGUGAGGUCUCAUCAACAAGAUGCCCGAGCAUGUGCAAGAGCGGAAACCAAAGAUCUCAGCUUCAAGGAAAUUGAUGCUAAAGAGUCUCAUGGUGGCUAAAGCCAAAGAAGAACUAGAACAGGAGGUCCUGGUAAAAGAUGAGGAGAAACACAAGUAUCUGGCAGAGAGAGCUCCUCCCCUAAACACCGGCGGCAUGAGCCUUGCACAACUACAGGACCUCUGCAGAGAACUCCAUGCCAAGAUAGAUGUAGUCGAUGAGGAGCGGUAUGACAUCGAAGCCAAAGUCAUGCUCAACACACGUGAGAUUAAAGACCUGAAUAUCAAGGUGCUGGAUCUGAGGGGGAAAUUUAAGAGGCCUAACCUACGACGCGUUCGUGUGUCCGCUGACGCCAUCCUCCGCUCCCUGCUGGGUUCGAAGCACAAAGUGUCCAUGGACCUGCGAGCCAACCUCAAGUCUGUCAAGAAGGAGGACACUGAGAAGAAGAGGCCAGUGGAGGACAGUGACUGGAGGAAGAAUGUGGAGGCCAUGUCAGGGAUGGAGGGAAGGAAGAAGAUGUUCGAUGCUGCUAAGGGUCCUGCCCAGUGAACACACACACCUUACUGACGUCAAUAACAAGGCAUCAGUCUUUCGGCACACGAUUCAUUUCUCUUUCAGCUUUGAUUCUACAGUAUAUUUCAGCUUCUUCAUCCUUGGGCAUGCUCCUGCUGGGGACGUGAGAAGAUGCCACAUGCGCUUUUCAAGAACCAAAUGCUAUUUAUUUUUUAAAGUUAGUGUGACAGGUUGUUAGUGAUGUUGCACCUCUAGCCCAAAGCUGAAGGCUUAUUUUUGUACACACAUCUCAAAUGCUGCUUGUAUCAUUAUGUAACAAUUUGAGAUAUUACUGUUAUCAACUGGCCAUUAACAAAAUUUUAAUAUGACCUGGCUAUUCCUGCUUGGGGAUUUAAUAAGCAUGGCCUGUAGUUUGUGAUCUGUGAUGUAAUGAUAUGUCGUCCAGUAUGUGGAAUUACAUGAAAACAUCAGAGCAAGAUGCAAAAAUUAAGAGUGUUUCAUUGUAAAGCCUUUUGCUAUGUGAACAUGGUCUUAGAAGCUAAAUAAAUGAAAAUACUGAGCCGAGG